AGGUCUAUUUUCCAAGAGUCGUUUCUGCGAUGGUCCAAGCCGAGCAAGAUUCACAUCCAAUCGAAAGUAGACUCUCCCGAAAUAGUGAUCACUUUUGCCAGAAGAGAGCAUGGCGACGGCGAUUACAACUCUUUCGAUGGGAGAGGUGAGUAGCCAUGGGGAGGUAACCAUGCGGAGAUAAGCUUUUAGAGAUUAAUUUUUAAAAAAAAACAAACACACCUAGAAACAAAGCUUUUCGGAUAAAACCUUUAUGAACAUUUUAAACUUAUUUUAUUGUAUAUUAAUACUUGAAUGCCGCACCCGCUUCUGCUUUCACAAAACAUAUUUAUUUAACCAAAUAUUUAAAUUUAUUGCAGGAAAAAAAAAUACGCACCAAAUGCACUUGCGAUAUUACUUUUAUUUUUAGAAACAAUCUCACUUAGGUCAGUUAUCGGGAAUUUUAUUUCAUGAGAUCAGUGUCAUCCUAUUUCCUACGACCUUCCCAUUGAAAAAUUUAACAAUAACAACAUAUUUUUGGGGGGUUGGGUUAGGGGGUGGUGAGGAACAUUUGAAAGAAUGAUUUUUCAUCGGCAACGAGUCCAUGUGACAAGUUUCGGCUUUCUGGGUUGACGGGAAGUGGGUCAAUUAGCCGUCGGAAUAUUUUGCCAUUCAGGAACAAAAACGAAGUUAAUAUAAUGGAUUUAAGAAAAUACGGUGAGGGACUAUUCUUGAAAAGAGGAGAGAGAGAGUGAGAGAGAGAGAGAGAGAGAGAGAGAGAGAUAGAGAGAUGUUAUAGAUUUUGCUUUACCUCUUUCUAGUCAGAGAUGUGGAAACAAGGGAAGAAUUGGCUGUCUAUUAAGAUAUAUACCAUAACCAUGAACCAAUUAAACAUUCUGGGUUUAAUACCAGCGAAAGUAUGUCCUGUAUUUUCAUGCCUAAGAACGGGUCAUUGGGUGUUUCAGGUAUGCUGCUAGCCCACGCCUACCCCCCGGGGAACGUCAGCAUGUCAGGUGACAUCCAUUUUGACAUGGACGAGCUGUGGUCAUCCGGGGUCAACAAAUCGGACACGCGGGACCUGAUGAUGAUCGCCAUGCACGAGGCUGGGCACUCCCUGGGGCUGCAGCAUUCCAAAAACGUACGUGCA